AGAAGGAGAAAAAGAGGUGUUAAGGAGCACUAGAGGAGAUAAGGAGGAAGAGAGGAGUUAAGGAGGACUAGUAGAGAGAAGCAGGACUAGAGGAGGGCAGAAAAGCCAAAAUGAAGCCUAAGUGCUUCCAAAAAAAUGAUCGAGGAUCAGGAGCUUGGAGGAAAAUGAAAAGGAGUCGUGAGGAUGAUAAGGAAAAAUCAGAUGAGAGAAGGAUGAGCAAAAAAGCUAAAAAAUCUGAGAAGAGCUUUGAAAAGAAUAAAAACAUGGGAGAAGAGAGCAGGAAGGAGAUCAAAGAGCAGGAAGAAAAGAAGAAGUUUCAGCAGAAAAGAUCUAGGAGCCCAGAGAGCAGCACAGGAGAAGGAAGCAGCAGAAAGAAGAGACCCUGUGUUCCAGCCACAAGACCUGCCUCAAUUAACAUCGACUGCUUCAGAUUCCACUCUGAGAUUGGACGAGGGGCCUUUGCCAAGGCAAGUAAUGGGUUUCCUUAGUGGAAUUCUCAGGACCUUUGUUUCUGCAUAGGGACCAUAGGGCCAAUGCCUAAGGUGGCAG